AAAUGACGUAAGCUGAGAUAUCCGACCUGAAGCGCGCGAUUGGAGCCAGCUGCCGAACUGGAAUCGACGGCAGAACAAUGGCGCCGACCGCCGCGAGUUUUGCGGCCUUUCCGUUCCUGUCAAAGCACCAACUGAUUGUUCCGAACGCAAGGGUUCCUGAGGAUCCCAAGGACAAUGCCAAGUUCAGACAGAACGCCGACGCAGCCAAGGAAUCCAUUAGAGAGUAUUUUAGCAAUUGGAGGGGCCAAGAGAAGAUCGUCCACGAGGAAUCGUACGUGGAGAUAGAGAAGGCAAUAAGAGCACUGGUGAGCUUCUACUCGAAAGCAGGGCCAUCCGCAGCACUACCGGAAUCCGUGAAGUCUGAGAUACUGGAUGAUUUGAAGACCGCUGAGGAGUUUUUGUGAGAAUGUAAAUAUCAAAUGGAUUCAGUUCAAUUAAGAAGCAGCAUUGGAUUGAAUGGAAAGGAAGAACAAUUUCAAUCUCGGUUUCUUGCACUUGCACACAAGGAAAAAUUGGUAUCGAGAAACCAGUAGUCUUCUGUAAGAUGGGAUAACAAAAAAACAGGGGAUAUCUGCAACGUAAGAA